AUGGCGGCAACAAACACGACAGCUUUCGACAUCGACCUCCCCUUCACGAGCUACGACGCCUCGCAUCCACUCGACUUCUCCUCUCGACCACACGAAAAGAUCGACGGCUUCUGGUACAUUGUCGGCUCUUCGCUUCCCCUGUGGAAGCCCAAGAAGAAUGUGGUGAUCCGCUACAUCCCCCACCCAGGUGCUGGCGCGAACGAGGUCAAGUUCACCGACGAGAUUCGCUCCGAACCGCGAUCCAAGAGUGCCGAUCCCGAAGCGGUGCAGGCUUCGGGUCUGUCCUCCAAAUGGAAGCGUGAGGAGAGCUGGUUCAACAAGGCUUUCGGAAUCAAGGGCACCAAUGUGCUUCAGAAGAAUGCCAAGAACGGCGCAUCGUAUCAGUGGACGGGCAACGGUCUGCUGCGAUUCUUCCACUCGAAAUGGCAAGUGAUCGGCUACGGUCCGUACGACCUCACCGACUCGUCGCGCACCAAGUUCGACUGGCUCGUCACGUACUUUGAAAAGACGCCCGCGACGCCCGCUGGCAUCGACCUCUACGUGCGCGAUCCGAGGGAUAUGCCCGACGCAACGUACAAAGAGAUCCUCGAGCAGAUGAAAGCGCUCAAGGCAAAGUACGAGGCAGAUCCGGAUGCCAAGCGCAAGCAGUUGGCAGGAGAGCUGGCCAAGCUUGCCGAAGAGUUUUUCGACAUCCCACACGAUGUGUAA